GACCUGGAGGAAUAGAAUGGCAAAGGAUGUCUGCUGAAGUAGAAAGCGAAGCGUCUGCUGAAACCCCAGCAGAUACCCCAGGUGCAAAUAACAUAACUACACCAGAGGUGGAUGUGAGGGAGGAGCAACGUCCUGAGAAGCAGUCGUUGAGUGCCUCUAUGUGUCGGGAGUCUCACUGGAAAUGUCUCCUUCUCUCCAUCCUUAUGCUGGUUUGCCUUUCUGCCGUCACCUGGUGCCAGGUUACAAGUGUUACCAAGCUCAGUUUCGACAGCUCACUGAAGGGGAGAUCCAUGAUCUAUCACGGUAGUCCUUGCUCCGAUGGCUACGUCUAUAUCCCCUUGGCCUUCCUAGCAAUGCUGUACGUGGUCUACCUGGUGGAGUGCUGGCACUGUCACUCCAAAAGUGAACUACAGAACAAAGCUGACAUAAAUAGCGUCUACGACCAGAUACAACGCAUGCGCCAAGCUACACCUUGCAUCUGGUGGAAGGCCAUUAGUUACCACUUUGUUAGACGCACCAGACAAGUCACUCGCUACCGUCAUGGUGAUGCCUAUACAACUACUCAGGUCUAUCAUGAGCGGGUUAACACUCAUGUGGCUGAAGCAGAGUUCGAAUACUCUCACUGUGGCAUUAAAGACAUUUCCAAAGAGCUGUUGGACCUGGAUCGCCAUCCGGCCACCAAAUUAAAGUUCACCAAGUGCUUCAGCUUUGCCAACCUGGAGUCAGAAAACUCAUAUCUCACGCAACGUGCCAGGUUCUUCACCGAGAUUGAAGGCCUAGAUGACUAUAUGGAAGCAAGAGAAGGAAUGCAAUUAAAAAAUGUAGAUUUCAAAGAGUUGGUAAUUGCUUAUGUCAACCUUGAACGACUGCCAUGGUAUGUUUCACACUAUGCUUUCUGGGCAGCUGCCUUGCUAAUGUUGUCUUGGCCACUAAGGGUUUUUAUUGAAUACAGAACUGCCCAUGUUCAUUAUCAUGUUGAGAAACUUCUAGGGAUGGAUUACACGCCUCAAGCUGUGGCAGAAGAACCCAUAUACAGAUUCAGAAUGCCACGUGUCAGCACCCUGGACAGUACAGAACUGGAAUGGCAUAUUUGUACCAACCGCCAACUGAUCCCUAGCUAUUCUGAGGCGGUGCUGAUGGACCUAACAGACGCAUCACUAUGCAAUGGCUACUCUGCAUGUGGCUACAGUGGAGUCUUGCGUGGGUGUGAAGGCUGCAACAGGGCAUCCAGCAGUUCAUCAAUCUUCUCACGCCAUGCUAUGCACAGCUGCAGUGGAGGGCGAUCUCACCUCUCUCUCAGCACCAGCCGCUUCUCCCUAUGCCAGCUACAUGGCUCUCACAGGACAGGCCUUUGGAGGAGCCGCAGCAGCAGCUUGGCAGAGCGUGUUUGUCAAGAUGACCGAUGCUGCUCUUAUUCUAGCCAACUGGCAAUUAAUGAAAACCCACCCACUUACCACGAUGCCCGUUUCUUCCCUGUGCUUAUAGUACAUCGCCAGGAAGGAUGCAGAACCAGAAACUUCUGUAUACACCGCUCUUCCUGCAUGGAAACUUCCUUGUGA